GGCUGCAGGGCCAGAGGUCCGGCUGGGUGGGGCUGCGUGAAGCCGAAGCCGUAGUUGCUUCAAAUCGCAGGCGUGGGAGCGUGGGGUGUAAAACGGGUCCCCCUUAUACCGGUUCGCUUCCGGCGUCAUGGCUCAAAGGGCCUUCCCGAAUCCUUAUGCCGAUUAUAACAAAUCCUUGGCUGAAGGCUACUUUGAUUCUGCCGGGAGGCUGACCCCUGAGUUCUCGCAACGCUUGAACAAUAAGAUUCGAGAGCUUCUUCAGCAAAUGGAGAGAGGCCUAAAGUCAGCAGACCCUCGGGAUGGCACUUGUUACACUGGCUGGUCAGGUAUUGCUGUGCUUUACUUACAUCUCUAUGAUGUGUUCGGGGACCCUGCCUACCUGCAGAUGGCACAUGGCUACGUGAAGCAGAGUCUGAACUGUCUGAGCAAGCGUUCCAUCACCUUCCUGUGUGGGGAUGCAGGCCCUCUCGCUGCGGCUGCUGUACUGUAUCACAAGAUGAAGAAUGCGAAGCAGGCAGAAGAUUACAUCACGCGGCUGAUUCACCUAAAUAAGAUUGAUCCCCAUGUCCCGAAUGAAAUGCUGUACGGACGAAUGGGCUACAUCUAUGCGCUUCUUUUCGUGAAUAAGCACUUUGAAGAGGAAAAGAUUCCCCAGAGCCACAUUCAGCAGAUUUGUGAAACGGUUUUAACCUCUGGAGAAAGCCUGGCUAGAAAGAGAAACUUCACAGCAAAGACUCCACUGAUGUACGAAUGGUACCAGGAAUAUUAUGUGGGGGCUGCUCAUGGCCUAGCAGGAAUUUAUUACUUCCUGAUGCAGCCAAGCCUUCAAGUGAACCAAGCGAAGUUACAUGGUUUGGUCAAGCCCAGCGUAGACUAUGUCUGCCAGCUGAAAUUCCCUUCCGGCAAUUACCCUCCAUGUGUGGGCGAUAAUCGAGAUCUGCUUGUCCAUUGGUGCCAUGGUGCCCCUGGAGUAAUCUACAUGCUUAUCCAGGCCUAUAAGGUGUUCAAAGAGGAACGGUAUCUCCGUGACGCCUACCAGUGUGCGGACGUGAUCUGGCAGUAUGGGUUGCUGAAGAAAGGAUAUGGACUGUGCCAUGGCACCGCGGGGAAUGCCUAUGCCUUCCUGACCCUAUACAACCUCACACAGGAUAUGAAGUACCUGUAUAGGGCCUGUAAGUUUGCUGAGUGGUGCUUAGAUUAUGGAGAACAUGGAUGUAGAACACCGGACACCCCCUUCUCCCUCUUUGAAGGAAUGGCUGGAACAAUCUAUUUCCUGUCUGACCUGCUCGUCCCCAUGAAAGCCAAGUUCCCUGCAUUUGAGCUAUGAAAGGAAAGCAUGCACCCCGUAAUUCACUGCAUGACCCUCUCUGUGUAUUCAAACCUGGGCUAUGUGCUUUCAUUGCUUUUCACUGAAACAUAGAGUUAAACUGUGUACUUGAUUAAUAUUUUUCUGAAUGUGACAUUAGUUCAGUUCCUUCCUUGUCCUUACCAUUGGCUUUUAUUCGAAUGUACCCAAGGAAAUAUUUUCCCUUUAGUUGCUUUAUUCCUAAAGGGAGAGUGGGUGGUAUGUAGAAUAUUUGGAGGGCAUAUACAUACAUGUCUGUCAGAACUUGGAGGAAUUCUUAUUUAAGCUUAUCAAUAUGACAGUCUGUUACUAGUCUAAGAAUUUUUAGAAGAAACUAAAUGUAGUUAACGAUAAAUAUAUGAAUCUUACUGGAUAUUGGCCUCCACCUCUUCUCUUUGUUUUCCUCCCAAGAGGAGGUCAGAUGGCUUUAUGACUGCCUUUCUCUAAGUGGUUGAUUAUGAAAUGGGACAAAAAUAGAAUUUUAUGCUUCCAGGAGAAAAAUUGCAUGAGUUGCACACCGGUCUGGGACCUAACUACCAUUUUUCAAUUCACGUGGCUACUUAGACUUGAGAGAAAAUACUUUCAAAUGUGCCCCUUUGUGUUGGUGGUCAAUAAUGCAUCAUGGCUCCGUAAGCCAGCAUUUUUAUCAAAGACUUCUAAAAUGCGAUGAUUGUCUUCAAAAUUCUGAUCUGAAGGUUGGUUCACGCUAAGCUGAUGAUAACAACAGAUUCGUGCUUUCUCUAAAAUAAUCUAGUACAUUUUGGAAGUAUUUAUUUAAAUUUGUUUGUUUUCGGUGUUAGUUUGAGAUCAGGAAGCAAGUUUUAUGUCUGAAUAUUUUGUGACCUAGGACUUGAGUCCACCAGUCCACCUGACUUAAACCUUGAUUUGUUGUUUUACUUACUUUGCAAUGACUAUGCUUUAGUGCUGACUAUUAGCUAAAAGCCAUAUUUUCUUUCGUAUGAAUUUAUGUAAAUGUUGGUCUUUUCACUAAAUAAGUACAGCACUCUACUUUUGUUUAAAACAAAAAAUUCAGGGGAAAAUGAUCUGUAGCCAAUACCUUGAAUAAGAACAUUAAGCUUUUGAUAGAAAUGCUAUUUAUUUAGAAGGUAUUAUCCAGUGAUGUGUUUGAAACAAAUAGCUUCUAUAUCUUUGCAUAUCUUAGGCUUAACAUUUCAUCAGUCUCUGAGACCUCAGAAUCUGGAAUUUAUAUGGUAGAUGAAAACCCCUGGUGCUUCAAAUUCUGUACAAAUGUUUUGACUCAGCAGCUCCUCCUCCUCCCACUGCUGCCUUUCCAGGCCUAUUUUAUCUCUUCUUAUGUGUUGACUGAUUUAAGAGCACUUUGCGGCUUUUAAAAAAAAAAAAAAACAGG